UGCGCUGUACGUUCUCCACCGAUCCAGGAUGUUCGUGCUCGCUAAGCGCCGCUGAUGCUGCGGGUUUUGACGGUUCGGCAGCCGGACAGCGAGAGACCGGAACUUAGGGAAUAAUGAACAACAAAUUUGACGCUCUGAAAGAUGAUGACAGUGGAGAUCACGACCAGGACAACAGCUCACCGAAAGAUGGUGAGAAGGAAAGGAAUGAGGAUGAGGAAAAGGACCAAAACACUACCAAGAGGAAGGCUGUGGUUCCUGGGGCAGGGGAACACCCUCUUCAAUAUAACUACACAUUCUGGUAUUCUCGGCGAACUCCAGGCAGACCAGCCAGUACACAGAGCUAUGAACAGAACAUUAAACAGAUCGGCAGCUUUGCUUCGGUGGAGCAGUUUUGGAGGUUUUACAGUCACAUGAUCAGACCAGGUGAUCUGACUGGCCACAGCGACUUCCACCUGUUUAAGGAGGGAAUCAAGCCCAUGUGGGAGGAUGAUGCUAAUAAGAGUGGAGGGAAGUGGAUAAUUCGGCUUCGGAAGGGUCUGGCCUCACGCUGCUGGGAGAAUCUGAUUCUGGCUAUGCUGGGUGAGCAGUUCAUGGUUGGUGAGGAGAUCUGUGGCGCUGUUGUCUCUGUCCGCUUCCAGGAGGAUAUCAUAUCUAUCUGGAACAAAACAGCAAGUGAUCAGGCCACUACUGCUCGUAUCAGAGACACACUUCGCAGAGUGCUCAACCUACCACCAAACACCAUCAUGGAGUACAAAACACACACUGACAGCAUCAAGGCUUGGGAGGAUUUCCAUGGACUGGUGAAUGCUAGUGGUGGCCGCUAGGUCUUUCUCAUUGGUUAACGAUGUCAGGGGUUACCUUCAUUGUGGAUGAAGAGGACUUUCCUGGGGCAUACAACUCAUUUAUGAAAUACCAUUGUUUUUAUUAGAAAACAAAAAAGGGAUAUUGACUACUAGAAAGUCCAUUUUCCUGGUCAAAAUAUCUGAUCAGCAGAAAUGCCACUAAGAAUGAAGGUGGAGUCAAACGACAAGUAAAAACGGUUUUGAAUAGCUAAGAUAAACUUAAGCUAGGGAGAGAACAAGCCUCAAAAUUUGUUGCUACUGUGGUUAUGAUGAAGGCUGAUUAACAAAACCAAUCAAAUGUAAUUUGGUGCAUAAUUGUUCAGAAAGACAUAUUGACCCCAUCUGAAAGUUAUUCAGCUUCACAUAACCAUCCUUCUUAGAAAGCAAGUAUUUUUAUUUUAUAUAGCCAUAAACAGGGUUACAUUUUACUAUAGUGCAGUAUUUUAAUUUCAGUGUUAAUGUUUUGUUUUUGAAAUUGUAAGAAACAAAAAAUAUAUUUUCAAAGAUUUUUGAAGAGAUAUAUGACGGAUACUGUUCUAGAUCAUUUUUGUUUUAAUCUGAAUAUGUUGAAGCUUUGACUUAAAGAUAUCACACUGUGCCUGCUUCCCAGAAGCACUCAGCAUUCUGUGAUUUUGCAUUGGAAAGGAAUUUUCAUGAUUAAUGCUGUCAGCUGAAAAAUCGUGAUUACCAACAAGUAGAAUCCACCAUGAAGAAGAAUAACUGAUGUGGAUUUGGAGCUUGGGAUGGGUCAUGGUUUGUCUACAUCUCUUACAUACUGCCUGGAUUUAUAGACUUGAGUGCGUUUGAAGUUAUGUUUGGAUUGCAGAUGACUGAUAGCAAUUAAAGUUAAAUAUGCAGUUGCUGCUACCACUGACUUGUGGUUGUACUUUUAGUGAUGUACUUUUGGCAGGGUUUAACAUGGAGGAAACACUGAGGCCUGUAAGCAAUCUAAUUUCUACUUGUGAUCAGAUAUGAUCUAUCUGCAUGUACUCCAUUUGAGAACAUUUAAAUGAAAACAGUGACUUGAGAUUCACUUGUAAGACUUCAGUUUGAUUAUCGGUUUACCAGAUAUUGCUGUAAAAUAUAUGAAUCACCGGUAGCACUUAAAAUGAUGAAAGACUGGUUAUUUCAUAGCAAAAAAGCGAGAGAGUGAAAAAAAAACAGGUGUCUUUAACUGUGAGGGAUAGUGAGGAAGCCAAAGAAAUCAAAAACACUGAAAUCAAAGUUUUUAAAAGAUUUCAAAGUCAAUUAGACCACACAAGGCCUGUGACCUUGUUUCAUUCAGUUCACACUAAUGUUCAAACAAUAAUACUGAAAUGGCUAAUAUGGAAUAUCCCACGUGUGAACGUGUCUAUUGUUGGCCUUUAGAAUUAUUCACUGGUUAACUGCAAAUCCUGAGAUUUAUUAUAUCUGUGUAGAAACCUAUUGAAAAAUGAAGUGUCAGGACAAGAGAUCAUUAAACAACUUUAAUAAGUCUUUUGCAUUAUACAUAAUGCAAGUAAAAUUAAGUGUCUGUUAUGCAAUAUUUCAUAUUAUGCAUAAUUAGGAAUAUUAUUCAUAUUCUCCAUUAUUAUGCUCAUACUAUCCUUUUCUCCUGUCAGAGCCUAGAUUAUUGGUGUUAAUUAAUAGAGCAGAUAAUCGUUAAAAAAAAAAAAAAAGAUGGUUCAGGCAGUAUUCGAGAUUGACACCACUGAAUUAGACUUUGCCUCUAAAACAAAUAGAUGUUUGGAAGGCUUGCAAGAAAGAGUCUUUUCCUGGAAGUGACCCUGAACCCCUGAAGGGCAAGUGGCGCUGAAUGUGCAUCUGGAAUUGUUAAUUGUGUUCCAUUUUUGGCACUUUAUUGAAAUUGAAAAAUUUUAUGGAUCAUUCAGGUUUUAUGUCCUGUGAUCCAGGGGGUCUUGUUAGGACCAGUGGCAUGAAUUUCCCAGAAGUUCCAGGAUAUUGUAAUUAAAAAAACCUUUGCCUCUGCCAGGCUGGUCUACAGCUAAUGUCAAAUGCACCAAGCAUGUAAAUCAACAAAGAUAUUGUUUCAAAAACACAAAAUGACUUGUAUGCUGUGAUUCUCACUCUCUCUAUUUAAAAUCUAGACAGACCGUAAAAGGAUUUAAAAGGCCAAUUAAAAAGUAUGAUCAGUUUUGGUCCAUGUGCUACAGUAAAAGUAUCCCAAGCAAUACAAAUUCACUGAAGAGCCAUUUUAAUGACAAAUUUGUUAAAUGAGAAGAGAGAAGUAUUGCUGAAUUUUUUUUUUUUUUUUUUUUUUUUUUUUUGUCUUUGGACCGCAAAUAACUAGUUAUCAGUAAGGUGUUAAGAAUUAAUUUGAAAUAAUAGUUUAAAUAAAUGGUUUUAUUUGAAAUAGCAUUUUGUUUAAUGCAACUGUGGUUUAAUGACACAGAUAUUGAUAUCAAAAUUAUUCAUGCCAUCCUAAUAUUUCUUUUAUAAGUUUUAUAAAGCCUUUACAGUAGCUGACAUAUACGAUGUUUACAGUCCAUCAAUGCUGGUUUUCAAUUGUUCUCUUUUGUUUCAGCUCAUUUCAAAAAACAUGUAAUUCUGGGAAAAUAAAACAUAAUAUUUAGUUCUUUGAUACUA